GAAUAAGAAUAUAUUUUUCAAAAAUGAAGUGUUCAUUAGUUGCUGCUGUAUUGGCUUUUGCCUUCAUCAUUAGCUGUGUUACCGCAAGUGAUGAUUGCUCUAAUGUGUUAAGCAGCUAUUUGAAGAAAAAGCUUGAAGUAGCAGAAAGUGGACAAAUAGAGUGCGCAACGAAGCUAAAACUUGCACAGUACAUGUGUGGAGGUGAUCCAGAAAGAGCUAAAGUUACAUUUCCAAAAUUGGUGGAAUUUAUAAAGUCGAAAUCAGCUGAUGAAAAACAGGAAAUUGGCGAUUGCUUUUCCCAGAUUAGUAAAAAGGCAAUAACUGAAGCAAAUAUUCCUGCUAAUUGCAAAGUUACAUUUGAAACACAACUAAACGAAAUGAAGAAGAAAUUUGCAGAGGCAUUAUCAAAAUAGAGAAUCUACAUAAGACAAAAAAAAAGUUCAUCAAUUAUAAAACAUAAAUAAAAGUUAUGAUU